AUCACUCACUCAAACAAAUUAAAGUAAUAAAGAGAGAAAGUAAGGUAGUUGGCAGUAUAAUAUGGCUCCCAUCGUCAGGGCUGCCUGCUGCUUCCUAUUGUUCCUUGCCAUCCUCCAAUAUUCCCAUGUCUCAGCCGUUACGGAUCCCGCCCAUCCUCCCAAGAUGGCGGCCGCCCCUGCCCCAACGCCAUCCAAUAUUCUUGAAAUCUAUUGCAAGGCGAAGUGCAAAGAGAGGUGCGAGCUGGUCGGGCCUUUUGGGAUCAAGUUGUGGCAGGAGGUGUGCACAAAGUGUUGCUUGAGGAGCAAGUGCGUUCCAACCGGCCCGGUAGGGAUCAACUUUGGCAAGUGCAAGAACUGGACCUUUACUCUCUACCGUGGCAUCCCUUACAAGUGCCCUUAAAACACACACAUUCCAUAUAAUAAUAAUGCUAAUUACUUAUAUGUAUCCCUUAUUAUUAUACGUACUAUGAUAGCCUGCCUGCCUCAUACAAACUUCAGUUUACCCCUUCGUCUGCUCAAUAAAAGCAUAUCUAUAUAUGCAGUCCACUAAAGUAUUCAUGCACGCUAGGCUAUUAUGUUUCGCUUCUGGUUUAUGUACAACUUGUCUCUAUUGAUGUCCAUCUGAAUAAAAAGUAAGGUCGACUUAUAUAGUUGUCAAGUCUUCGAUCUCGUGAUCAAAUACAAUUCUACUAGCCCAACGAUAUCACAAGAAUAUUAUAUUAUAUUUUCAGGGUGUUCGGAUUUGAGUGUCACGAAGUACUAGCUACUUUUAUCUCCUUCUUAAUGAGUUUAAAUAGUAGUCAUGUAAUUUUAUUCAUCUGUCUACCGUCAAUAUUUUUCAAGAAUUAUGUGAAGGAAGUACAAUUGCAUUGAAGUCUAAUUAUUCCCGGCCCAAUGGAGAGAAAGGGGUGGGCUGGCCAGGAGAAUUGAUUAAGAGGCCGGGCUGAGCCCGUGUUGUAAUGCUGAGUUGGGCCAUGGGCGGGUUCGAUCGUUCGUGACGGGGAUGUGCCUAGGUUGGCUUGGCUCCAGAUUCAUUCACAUACAAAAGUUUGACCAGUUUGAAUUGAGCAUGUGAUCACACAUGUGUUGCAGGGGAAGGGUAUCUCACUGACUGAUGAUGCUGAUGAACAGAGCAAAUGGGUGAAUGAAUAAUGACGACGAUGAUGAUGCAGGCACAGCACAGCACAGGCACAUAGCUACUUAUUUCAUUACUACAUUUAUCAUCUUCUUUCACCUCACCUCCUUACAUAUAUGUCUUUCAUGAACACACAGCACAGGUAGGUGGCACAGCUGGAGUGAGUCGUUCUCGAAUUGGCUAACCUGUGAAAUGCUCUGUUUCAACGACACACACAACAACGUUGCAUUUUGGCUCCUUUUCUGCCUCGCCGGAAAAAUGGCAAGGUUUAAUUUAUCCCGUUUGAAUGCUAGGAUUGAUAUAUAUGUACUAUAUAGGAUUUGUAGUAUGAUGAAAAUUAACAUAUCCCGUUUGAAUGUUAACGAUAACGAGCUUAAUUUUGGAUUUGUAGUAUGAUGAAAAUUAACGUAAGGAUAAGCAUGACUAUUUAAAUCAUUGGGGGUGAAACUUAGGGAGUAGAGAGAGGGGCAAAGGGUAAUAUUGCACUAGUAAGGAUUGUAAAACUUGAGGUUGUAUCGGAAAAGUCAAUAUUAUAAUAUUUUAUGUUAAAAUUAUUGUUUAACUAUAACUUUAAUUACUGUCUAAUGAUUUAAUUUUAAAUAAAAAAAAUUUCAUCAAAUCGUCGGUACAAUAAGAUUUUCCAAUUCUUUAAAGGCUCAUUUGCUAAUGGGAUUUGGAUGUUGUAUUUAGGGGUCGUUUGCUUGUCGGAUUUGAAAAAUGAGGGUUUUGGCCAAUAAAAAUCUUGGGAUUUA